UGAUUAAAACAAAACAAAACAAAAAAAAAACAAACAAACAAACAAAACGAUGUCGUUUCUGUAAUUUAAGCCAAGUUUCUUCGUCGGACUCGACAAAGAUGUGCACAUGGAUGAAUUUGGUGGUGACCCAACAAAAUCACAGGACUAUUGGAUUCACAGAAAUGGUGAUCAUAUUUAAUCCCCCUCUUUCCCAAUUCCAUCUUCUAUUCCUAAACCCUAGAUUAUUCACACUCACUAACUCUCUCUCCAUCUCCAAUUACUCUCCACUGCCUGGCUAAAGAAAUUCGACUCUGCACUCUGGACCCAACGUAAUCAAUCAUCUUCUUGACGGUGCUCUCAAGGUUUUGCCUAUUUUGAUUAUUCGUUGCCAACACAUAUAGAAAACACUUAGGAUUGUUGCUCAAAGCUGUUGAUUCCUAUGGAAGGAUUUGGAGGUUUGGGUGUCAGUGAUGGUAACAGUGCAGUAAGGAAAAAGAGGAGUAAUGCUUCCCGUCGUCCUCGAAAUGAAUCAGCAGUGCCUUUGGAUUACCGUGAACACUCAUCUCUAUCAGAUGGCAGCAAAGGAUCAAGCGAUGAAGAUAAUGGUUACGGUGCAGUUACUCGAAAGAAAGAAAUGAAUCUGAACCUGUGUAGCUCUAGGGCCUCAUUUUUUAACAAUGCUGAAUCUGAGUCUUCCAAGAAUGUGAUAAAAAAUGAAGAUGGUGGUCUUCUAGAUUCUGAUGAAGCUUCUAAUAAUGGAUCUUUUCGAGGUAGCAGUAACGAGCAGAAGCAUAAUGGGAUUGAUUCUAAAAGGUGCAGCAAAGGUGUCCUUGCCCCUGCUAAUUGGACAAGCUCAACCAAUGUGGGGCAUUUUGAAUCUAUUUCAGAUGACUUGGAUAAUGAGAAUAAAGUGAAGAAGGUUAAGCUUAAAGUUUGUGGUGUUACGCGAACAAUUCAUGCCAAUUCCAUAUCUGAUGGUGCAUCUGCUGUUGGGUCAUCCACUACAAAAUCUUCCCAUGUUUCAUAUGCCCCCCGGCCUCGACAGAAGAUAAUUCAGGAUUCGGCUGACAAUCACACCUUUACUUCAGAUAAGGGGACUGACCUGUACAGGAGGCUGUGCAAGGAUUCUAGAAAUGUCAUUAAUGCUGGUAAGGAUGAUUCUCCAGGGCCUGAAGAUAAUAUAUAUGCAAAAGAAAUAGGGAAGUAUGAACCUGUUUAUAAGAGCAAGAGGGUUACUAGGAGACGCUUUAUAGAUGAUGCACUGGAUGAAGAGGAGGAUAACAGCUUGGAGGUUCAGUACCUUGAAAAACUCAGAACCUCUAGGACUGCUAGUGAUUAUGAUGAAGAAUACAAAGACGACGAGGAAAGAGACAGUAGGAAACAUAGGAGGAUUUCAAAGGUGUUAAAGAGGAGUUCUGAUCGCCAAUAUGAUUUAGAUAUGGGAGACUAUGGCUCAUCGAGAUUGAGGAGGGACGCUAAGAAGUCCAGAUCAGGAAGAAUAUCAGAUGAUACUGAUUAUGUAGAGGAGGAAUAUUCAAUUUCAGAUGAUGAGCCCAAUAGCAAGAGGAGAAAACCAAGAAGGGAGUCCAUCAAUUCAAUUGUCGAUAAUAAAAAGGAAAUGACAGUGACUACCCGUCAAAGAGCCCUUCAAACUGGAAAAGAUGUAUCUUCCAGCUUAGAUGCAAAUCUUAUCGAGUUUCCAAAUGGGUUGCCACCUGCUCCACCAAGAAAACAAAAGGAGAAACUCACUGACGUAGAGCAGCAACUGAAGAAAGCGGAGGCUGCUCAGAGACGCAGGAUGCAAGUAGAGAAGGCUGCCAGGGAAUCUGAGGCAGAGGCAAUCAGAAAGAUCCUAGGCCAAGAUUCUAGUAGGAAGAAAAAGGAAGACAAAAUUAAGAAACGGCAAGAAGAUCGUGCACAGGAGAGGGCUGCAAAUUCUAUGAUAAUUGCAUCAGACUCAGUUAGAUGGGUGCUAGGUCCUUCAGGAACUGUAGUGACAUUUCCCAACGAAAUGGGACUGCCAACUAUAUUCAACUCCAAGCCAUGCAAUUAUCCGCCUCCUCGGGAGAAAUGCGCCGGUCCAUCUUGUACAAACUCUUAUAAGUACCGUGAUUCAGAAUCGAAGCUACCCCUAUGCAGUCUUCAGUGCUACAAGGCAGUACACGAAAAGAUGUCACCUUUAACAACUUGUUAAAUGUGUGGCAUUUGGUCAUUUGGUUAGCUCUGUUAUAAUCAAAUAAGAAGUAUUUGUGUAAAUAGUAGCUACUCUUAUAUGUACCAGCUAAUUGUCAGUUAUAGUUACUUGUUGCAGAGAAACCGUUCAAAUAACAGACAACGGUUUUAUAGUUGUGAUACUUGGAAUAAGUUACAGAGUUGGAAAUUGGAAUAUAAUAUAAACACAUGUGGUUUCUUAGUAAAAGUAAUUAUAAAACCAGAUGCCUCUUGAUCCA